GGAUCCCAUGGAGUGUGCUCAGGAGCUACUCCUCUGCCAGUGCCAAGGAGAAGGCGACGAGAGCCGCUGUCUGCGAGAGGACGGAGCUGCUGGAGGUGCUGAAAGCUCGAGCGAAGCAGCUCCAAGCCAGCAGCAUCCCGGAGGUGACGGUCAGUAAAGCGGAGUUGGCCUCGCUGGGACAUGACAAGUACCAGGACACGCUGCGGAAAGUGGUGGCCCCCGGCCCCGCAGAGGAGCAUCCCGCCCCCGGGGAGAGGGGGGAGAGCCCAGCCUGGCCCAGCAGCUGGGUCGAGAAGUCGAAGAAGGAGAUGCACAUCCGGCAGCUGAAGGUGGAGCGGAAGUUAUCCAUCGCUGCCUCCCAGCUGGCUCUGGAGGGCCAGGUGAAGGCCAAGCCCAAGGUGAAGGCCAAACCAAAGGCCAGGGCCAAAUCAAAGGUGAAGGUUAAGGCCAAGGCAAAGGCCAAGAAGAGCCUGGAGAGCCCAAAGACUAAAGUCAAGAAGAGCUUGGAGAGCCCAAAGGCUAAAGCCAAGAAGAGCUUGGAGAACCCAAAGGCUAAAGCCAAGAAGAGCCUGGAGAACCCAAAGGCUGAAGUGGCUUCUGCCUGGAGCCCGAGCCAUGCUGGUUCCCACAGCGUCUACGCCCGCAGGGAGCCCAGGGUGGUGGCAGUGAAGGAGAGUGUAAAGGUGCAGAGGCCUCGGCGGGUGGCGGAGGACAAGGAGAGCAGCCAGUACAAGGUCCUGCAGCAGACCAUGCAGUCCAACCUGGAGUGCUUCCUCUUCCUGCAGCAGCCAGAGCAGGCUGAGAAGUUCCUUCUCUUCUACCACAGCUCUCCUGCGAAGAGAAGGCUUUUGAAUGUCAACAUGUACAACGUCGUGAUGCGAAGCUGGGCGAGGAAGGGCCGCCUGCAGCGCAUCGACCGGCUGGUUUCCCUGCUGGGAUGUGUGCAGCAGCUGAAGAAUGAUGGCUUCCACGUGGAUGAGCUCUUCCAAAAGUGCCUGUUUGAGGAUGAUGAGAAGGAGAAGGUGCUGAAGGCCAUCAGGAUUGUCGACCCCAACUACCAGCUGCCCCCCCCACCCAACCCCCAGACUUGCAAGUCUUCUCUGCUCCAGGACUUCUACUCCAAAGAGAAGACGGUGUCGUACCCCAAGCUGGAUUUCUCUGUGCAGGAGCUGCAGGAACGCUUUCAGCAGCAGCUGGAGAUGGAGCUGGAUAACACUGUGACCAUCGAGUCAGUGGAGUCAGCCAAACCUCUGACCCCACAAGCCAUUAAAGCGCGCAAACUGCUGGCCAGCCUUCGUUCCCAGUGGCACGACUCCAUCCUCCAGGCCCUGCAGAAGUCAAAGCUCAAGAUGUCCAAGGUCAAGACAGCGUCGGGGUACAACACUCUCUACCCCUACCUGUGCCUGCUGCCGGAUGAGGAGUACGUGGGCAUCAUGCUGCAGACCCUCAACACCCUCUCUCCACAAGGAGAGUCCCUGGCUGUCUUGGCCAGGGAGCUGGGCUCCAAAGUCUAUGACAGAUACAUCACCCAGAGGAAGCUGCGCAGCCGGCAGCUGGAGAAGGUACAGGAGGUGUAUGAGGACUACAUCCACCUGCUGGCAAAGGACGGCCAGCCUGACAAGUACUUGCCACGGGAAUACUGGGAGAAGCUGGUGGCAGAAGCAGGCUUUGGACCUUCCCUGAACUUGAAGGACUGCAGCUGGCCAUACAUGCUCCUCAUGCGCCUGGGCAUGCACCUGCUGGAACUCCUGGUGCAGUCUGUCAAGGUGCCCAGGAACACCCUCAACUGUCGCCUGGAGCCCAAGCUUAUCCCUGUCCUCUACCACAUCUACUCCUUCCACAGCAGCUGGCAGGUUGGGCUGAUAAAGCCCCAUCCCAUCUUCUCCCAGAUUGUGUCAGAUGCUGCAGAGACCUUGCUGACCUUUAACUCCUCUGCCAUCCCUAUGCUGUGUCCCCCAGUACCCUGGACCUCCCCCAACUUCGGUGCCUUUGUCCUCAAUGACACCACGUUGAUGCGCUUUGUGGACGGGGCCGUCCAGCACCAGCUGCUCCUGGAGCAGUGUCCUCCAGUGAACCUCCACCCCGUGCUGGAUGCCCUGAACCAGCUGGGCAACUGCGCCUGGAAGAUUAACCAGCCAGUGCUGGAUAUCAUCAUCUCCAUCUUCAAUGACAAAGGCAAUGAGAAGCUGGACAUCCCACCACCCAUCUCUGAGGCCCCCAGGCUUCCUGCUGCUCCCAGCAACUCCUCUGCCUGGAGCAAGUCCCAGAAGCACACGCUGCUGCAGUGCAAGAAGAAGACAGCUGAGAUGCACAGCUUGCGCAUGGACGCGCUCUAUAAGCUCUCCAUCGCCAACUACGUCCGGGACAAGGUGUUCUGGUUCCCUCACAACAUGGAUUUCCGGGGCAGGACUUACCCUUGCCCACCUUAUUUCAACCACCUCGGUAACGAUGUCACCCGGGCCAUCCUGCUUUUCGCAGAGGGAAGGCCACUGGGGCCCAGGGGCCUCGACUGGCUGAAGAUCCACCUCAUUAACCUGACGGGGCUGAAGAAGAAGAACACUCUGCAGGAGCGGCUGGAGUACGCCAAUGAAAUCAUGGAGGAGAUCUUGGACUCCGCUGACCACCCGCUCACGGGCAGGAAGUGGUGGAUGAACACCGACGAGCCCUGGCAAGCCUUGGCGUGCUGUAUGGAAAUCGCCAAAGCCUCGAGGUCCCCGGAUCCAGCAGCCUACAUCUCUCACUUCCCGGUUCACCAGGACGGCUCUUGCAAUGGUCUGCAGCACUAUGCAGCUCUUGGCCGGGACCUUAUUGGUGCCAUCUCCGUCAAUCUGAUGCCCUGCAGUGUCCCUCAGGAUGUCUACAGCGUGGUGGCCCAGCAGGUGGAGGAGUUUCGGAAGAAGGAUGCUGAACAGGGGGUGAAGAUUGCCCAGGUGCUGCAAGGCUUCAUCAGCCGCAAGGUGGUGAAGCAGACGGUGAUGACGGUGGUGUACGGUGUCACACGCUACGGCGGGCGGCUGCAGAUGGAGAAGCGCCUCAAGGAGAUUGAUGAGUUCCCUGAGGAAUACUUGUGGGAAGCAUCUCACUACCUGGUAAAGCAAGUGUUCAAUGGCAUCAAGGAGAUGUUCUCAGCAACUCGAGAUAUCCAGAACUGGCUGACAGAGAGCGCCAAGCUCAUUGCCCAGUCGGGACGGACAGUGGAGUGGGUCACACCACUGGGUCUCCCCAUCGUACAGCCCUACUACCGGUCCAGAUCCACUGUGCUGAAUUGUGGCAUGCAGAACUUGAGCGUGAAAAACGCCAGCAGCAGCCAGAAGCCUGACACAGUGAAACAGAAGAAUGCCUUCCCACCCAACUUCAUCCACUCCCUGGACUCCACACACAUGAUGCUCACGGCUCUGCACUGCCUCAGGCAGGGUCUGACCUUCGUCUCAGUCCACGAUUGCUACUGGACUCAUGCGCUCACCGUGGACGUCAUGAACCAGAUCUGUCGGCAGCAAUUUGUGGCUCUGCACAGUGAGAAGAUCCUGCAGGAUCUGUCCAAGUUCAUGCUGGAGAAGUACUGCAGCCCUGACAGAGAGACUAGAGCCCUCUGGCAGAACAAACUGAUGGAGCAGCUGUCGAAUGUUCCCCAGACAGGUGAAUUCAACCUCCAGAAG